AUGUUUGGACCCAGUAUUGCGAUGUUUGCAAUGACUUUCACCAACUGCGAAAUUAAGUACGCUGCUGUAGCCUUACUCUCCGUCGGCAUGCUCCUGGGUAGCGGCGUCUUCGCUGGCGCCUUCAUUAAUCCGAUUGAAUUGACACCCCAGUACUCCGGUAUUUUGUUCGCUUCCUCUAACUCCCUCAGUGCUAUAACUGGUUUCGGUGCACCUUUUAUGGUUGGAGCAAUGACUCCUAAUGUAAGCCUCUAA